AGCCGGGCACAGGGGGUGUGAGGCUGUGCACAGGAGGUACAGCCAGGCACAGGGGUGUGCAGCUGGGCACAAGGGGGGUGAGGCUAUGUGAGGGGCAUCCAUCCAGGCAGAGGAGGUGUGUGGCUUUGUGAGAGGUGUACAGCCAGGCACAGGGGAUGUGAGACUGUGUGAGAGGGGUACAGCCAGGCACAGGGAGUGUGUGGCUGUGCACAGGAGGGUGUACAGUCAGGCACAGGGAAUGAGUGGCUGUAUGAGGGGAGUACAGUCGGGCACAGGAGGUGUGUGGCUUUGUGAGAGGUGUACAGCUGGGCACAGGGGGUGUACAGCCAGGCAGAGAGGGUGUGUCCCUGUCAGGUCGGGUCGGAUAUGUGCUCAGCACUGCCUACAGAUCUGUGUGCCGCUGUGCCCCCUGCCUAGGCACAGGAGGUGUGAGGCUGUGUGAGGGGUGUACAGCCAGGGAGAGGGGGUGUGUGGCUGUGCUCAGGAGGUGUGUAGCUUUGUGAGAGUGUCCAGCCCGGCACAGGAGGUGUGCCCCUGUCAGGUCAGGUCAGAUAUCUGCCCAGCACUGCCUGCAGAGCCGUGUGCUGCUGUGCCCCUGCCCAGGCGCGGAGCCGCAGCGGCAGCAGCGCAGUGGGGGCUGCCGGCCGCCCCCUCCUCGCCGCCCCUCGCCGGCUCCUUUUGUUGGAGGCCUGGCCGGCACACGGGCUCCCUCGGCACACAUGACGGCACAAACUGAAAGGGCCAUUCAUCGCGGCCCCAGCGCAGACAAAGCCGAGGCCGCACAGAAACCCACCCGGCUCCCGGGAUCUGAGGCUGUGCAUUCCAGCCGCCCGCUCCCGCCCGGUGCCCCGCGCCGGGCUCCGCUGCCCGGGGCGCCCGUGCCACCCCGAGCCCGGUACCUGGGGCUGCGGAGCGUGCCGGGCGAGCUGCCGGCGGCCGCGGGGGACGGGGGUGGCGAGAGGCUCCGAGCUGCAUCCUCACCCCCUGCCCAGCUUCUGCCUGGCAUGUCCCGGCCGGGCUCUGUGGGUGCUGUGGGGUGCCUGGGGUAUCAUGGGGUCAGACCCGCCCGGUGCCCAGCCCCUCGGUGCCAGCAGCACAAAGCUCCGGAGCCGUGCGGGGAGGAGGAGGAUGCCGAGCUGCUGCAGGACGCUGCGGAGCCGCCGAGGCCCUGGCAGAUGCUAAUUCCCGGCAGCGUCUCUGGCAGCAGACAAAGCCCCCGGCCCCGCCGCCCGCCGCUCCCAGGAGACCCCAGGGAGCCCCAUCCAUCAGCGUGGCCGACGUGCCUGCAGCGGCCCCCCGGCUCCCGGGGCCCAGCGAGGGGCACCCGUGCGGCUCUGGGGGGCAGCAUCCAGUCCUGGGGGGCUCUCAGGGACCGGGAGGCUGGGCUAGGGCCGGGUGGGGAUGGGGCUCACGCCAGGGGCAGGAGCAGCCUGGGCUGGGCGCCUCCGGCUGCCCCCUGCUCCCUCCAGCUCCCAGGGUGGCAGCGAGGGGUUCUGGAGACCCAGGCCCGCAGCACCCUGGCUCUCAGGGUGAGAUUCAGUUUAGCAUCUUAGCAGCCCGGCCUGACCCCCGUCAAACACAGCCCUGCUCCACUGAGCCCCCUGGGCCUCUGGCUGAGGGGUCCGUGCACCCAAAGAGCCCCAGGGAGUGGGGCCAAGCCCCUCAGGGAGGGCAGCAGCCACUGCCUGAGGGGCCAGAGCCAGGGUGGGGUCUGCAGCCCCAUAACGGGAGGGGCUGUGGGGCGGUGUGACCAUGGGGCCGUGACACUGGGGUGGUGGCACCGUGGGGCCGUGACACUGGGGUGGUGGCACCGUGGGGCUGUGACACCGUGGGCUGUGCUGUCCUGGGGCUCAUGGUGAGGCAGCACAGCCUGGGCUGGUUCUGGGGCAGGUGCCGGUGUGGUUACCGGUACCAGAGCAGUUGCUGGUGCCAGCACAGUGCCAGAGCAGGUGCCGGUGUUAGUGCUGGUGCCGGUGCCAGUGCUGGUGUCGGCACAGGUGCUGGAGCAGGCUCCGGUGUUAGUGCUGGUGCCGGUGCCGGUACAGGUGCUGAGGCAGGUGCAGGGGCAGCAGCAGGUGCAGGUGUUAGUGCCGAUGCCGGUGCCGGUGUCGGAGCAGGUGCCGGUGUUAGUGCCGGUGGGAGCACGGUGCCAGAGCAGGUGCUGGUGCCGGUGCUGAUGCUGGUGCCG